AUGGGCUGCUUUCCCGAUUACACGCAUGUUAACCUAUUUGCAACCCUCUUUUUUGAGCAUUUUGACCCAAUCCUAUCCAUCUACAACAGCCGAGUGGCCGCGAUCGAUAAGCAUUGGGUGUUGGCUUUGGCUGUCAUCGCCGUCGGUUCUCAAUAUAGUGGAACAGUUGAGAUGGCCCAGUGCGUGGUGCCGCUGCACGAAUUCCUGCGACUUGCACUGGUGUCGAACAUCGAGGGGUGUGAUGGAUGUAGUGGUGACGAUGGAACGAGGUUGGCUCGGGCCCAAGCUCUGGUUAUAAACCAGGUAGGUAUGAUGUACUACGGGUCACGACGGCUCGACAGGCUAGCCCGCCACCGACGCGCCGAGUUGGCCGAUAUCGCUACCACCACUAUGCGAAUCUUAGCUGAAAAAGACGAGCAGCGGGAAGAACAGAGAGCCGAUGAUGAGCCAGUCGCAGAUGCAUGGAGACGGUGGAUGGUGCAAGAGGCGUGGCGUCGGCUUGGCUACACCAUAUGGCUACUCGACUGCAUGGGUUUUUAUCACUUUGGCCAGCGGCCUAUGUUGUCUCUUGAAUGCACCAUUCGUUGCGAUCUCCCAUACGAUGAGCUAUGGGCGGCCCAUACGGUCGAACAGUGGUCACUGAAAUACAAAUCGGAUGACUACAACAGGCACCCAUCUCUCGUGUCUUCUGUCUACACUCUGUUUCGCCACCGCCAGCGGCCGUCAGACCUCGGCGAGUUUUCUGACCUUCUUCUGCUACAUGGCAUCUACGAGCAUAUUUAUCAGGUAGAUGAUUAUUACAGAAGCCCUCUAUCGGAAUGGAUUCCAAGGACUCCCCCGGUUAGUAGACGAGGGGCUGUUAAUAUUGACGUGGCGGAGACGGCAAGCACGAUUCACUCAACCAUAAAUAAUUUCGAAUCAUGGCGUAGUGCCGCCAUGGACUGCGUCGAUGUGCUGCAUUGGGCUGCCAACGGAACAGUAGCGCGCCUAGCCGGUGCCGAGCACGCCACUGUGCUGCAUUUACAAUUUUCACGCGUGGUCUUGUGGGCACCAUAUGCAGCCAUCAGGACGCUUGCUGAGUGGGCGGCAGUAACGGCGAGGGCAAGAGAAGGCCCGGACUGUCUUGAUUUCGUUUAUAGUCGCGAGGGCCAGUGGCUAAGCCGAAAUGAGGUAACCCGACACGAGAACACGGUCAAGCAAUGGACCCAAGAAGAUGAGGUGAGCCUAGAACCCCUUCACACAUAA